GCUCACAACCCCCAAAAGAACUAAAACUUCGGUUAACGAAUAUUUUAUCGAACGCCAUGGAAGUGCAGAGGGGAUUCCCUUUGCUAAAACAACAAUACAAAGCAUUAUUAUAUAAAAACUAUAUAGUCGCAUGGCGAAAUAAAACAGCUACAUUCCUUCAACUAUUCGCAUCUCUCUUCUUCAUUUUCCUUUUAUUCGUAAUUCAGAAAGCUAUCGAAGCUCGUUUUUCUUCUUCCUCAUCGUAUAAAAAUGUGCGGGACCCGGAAGCGCUGGUGUUUCCGCCAAUUCCGGCUUGUGAGGAGAAGAAUUUUAUUAGUUUUCCAUGUUAUGAUUUUGUUUGGAGUGGCUCUAAGAGUACGAAGAUUGGGCAGAUUGUCAGCCGGAUUAUGGCUAAUAAUCCGGGCAGGGAAAUUCCUUCCUCAAAGGUUUUGUCAUUUAGAACACAAGAUGAAGUGGAUGAAUGGCUUUUCAAGAACCCUAUGCGUGUUCCUGGGGCUCUGCACUUUGUUGAAAGGAAUGCUAGCAUAAUAAGUUAUGGGAUACAGACAAACUCCACUCCAAUUACCAAACGAGGAACCUAUGAAGAUCCAACUUUUAAGUUCCAAAUCCCACUUCAACUGGCAGCAGAACGAGAAAUUGCGAGAUCUCUGAUUGGAGAUCCAAAUUUCAGUUGGGUUGUCAGCUUCAAAGAAUUUGCACAUCCUGCUUUUGAAAUUUUCUCUGCUUUGGGUGCCGUUGGGCCUACCUUUUUCUUGGCUGUUGCUAUGUUUGGCUUUGUCUUCCAAAUCAACGUUUUGGUCAUUGAAAAGGAACUCAAACUUCGGCAGGCAAUGACUAUGAUGGGUCUGUAUGAUACUGCCUAUUGGUUGUCAUGGUUCACGUGGGAUGGAUGCAUCACACUUCUCGCUUCUCUUCUCACAGUUCUCUUUGGGAUGAUGUUUCAAUUUGAUUUUUUCUUGAACAACAACUUUGCGGUCGUGUUUCUUCUUUUUUUCCUCUUCCAAUUUAAUAUGAUUGGUUUUGCAUAUAUGCUAUCUGCUUUUAUUAGCAAGUCAUCUUCAACAACAACUGUAGGCUUCUUCACCUUUAUUGUUGGUUUCAUGACUCAGCUUGUAACAGCAUUUGGAUUUCCCUAUAGCAAGAAAUACCAAAAGAGCUAUAGGAUCAUUUGGUCAUUGUUCCCACCAGAUCUUCUUGCUCAAGGUCUUAAGUUACUUGCUGAUGCAACUGCCACUCCUGAAGAUCCUGGUGUCAGCUGGAGCGGGAGGACAGAAUGUACUUUUAAUGAUACAGAGUGUGUAGUAACUAUGAACGAUAUUUACAUAUGGCUCGUGUCAACAUUCUUUCUGUGGUUUGUUCUUGCUAUUUACUUGGAUAACAUACUUCCGAAUAUUUCUGGUGUGAGAAAGUCGGUGUUCUACUUCUUGACUCCUGGCUACUGGACAGGCAAAGGUGGAACUAAGGUGAAAGAGGGUAGUAUCUGUAGCUGCACAGGUUCAGUGCCAGCCAUGGAUAGUAUUACACCAGAUGAUGAAGAUGUUCUUGAAGAAGAAAACAUUGUUAAACGGCUAGCUAUGCAAGGUGAAGUUGAUCCCAAUGUUGCAGUUCAACUACAUGGCCUUGUAAAGAUAUUUCCCGGAACAACAAAGAUGGGCUGUUGUAAAUGCGAAAGGAAAUCUCCUUAUCAUGCACUCAAGGGCUUAUGGGUGAAACUUGCAAAGGAUCAGCUAUUUUGUCUUCUUGGCCCAAAUGGAGCUGGAAAAACUACUGCUAUUAAUUGUUUGACUGGGAUUACACCUGUUACUGCAGGGGAUGCACUAGUUUACGGUCAGUCCAUAAGAAGCUCCGCAGGCAUGUCAAAUAUUCGAGCGAUGAUCGGGGUUUGUCCCCAGUUUGAUAUUCUUUGGGAUGCAUUGUCUGGUCAAGAACACCUGCAUCUUUUUGCCAGCAUUAAAGGUCUACCUCCUGCUUUGAUAAAAGAGGUUGUAGAGAAGUCACUAGCCGAGGUAAAACUCACAGAUGCAGCCAGAAUGAGAGCUGGUAGUUACAGUGGAGGAAUGAAACGACGCCUCAGUGUCGCUAUUGCUCUAAUUGGUGAACCAAAAUUGGUCAUUUUGGAUGAACCGACUACUGGUAUGGAUCCAAUAACUAGAAGACAUGUCUGGGACAUAAUUGAGGAUGCUAAAAAAGGGCGUGCCAUUAUCCUGACCACUCAUUCAAUGGAAGAAGCUGACAUCUUAAGUGACCGCAUUGGCAUCAUGGCAAAGGGUAGACUUCGUUGCAUCGGAACUUCAAUAAGAUUGAAAUCGAAGUUUGGAACUGGUUUCAUUGCUAACGUAAGCUUUUCUGGUGGGACAAAUGGGUCUCCUGAAAGGGAAGAUAGUUUGAGUACAUCUCAACCUGAAGCAUUGAAACAGUUCUUUAAAAGUCGUCUGGACGUGAUGCCUAAAGAGGAAAAUAAAUCCUUCCUAACCUAUAUUAUUCCCCAUGACAAGGAGAAGUUGUUGACGGACUUUUUUGCUGAGCUACAAGCUAGAGAUAUGGAAUUUGGCAUAUCAGAUAUCCAGCUGGGGCUUACAACUCUUGAAGAAGUUUUUCUAAACAUUGCUAGACAAGCAGAAUUGGAAGAUGUGGCUGAAGGAAGCUCUGCAACUCUUACUUUGAAUACGGGGCUCUCACUUCAAAUACCUGUAGGAGCAAGAUUUGUGAAAAUCCCAGGAACAGAAUCUGCUGAGAAUCCUAUCGGUACUAUGGUAGAAGUGUAUUGGGAACAAGAUGAUUCUGGUACACUCUGCAUUUCGGGUCACUCACAAGACAUGCCAAUACCAGCUCAUAUUCAACUAAGAGAUCCUCCAACAGCCACUUCUGGUAGAAACAUUUUAGGACGACAGAAACAAAAUCAUGGAAUUGUGAUCGACCCUGCACAGAUCACGGGUGCAACUUCAUGAUAGAUAUAGAACUUAAUAGUCACAGUAAAAAAAGGCUUUAAACUAUUUUUGUGUAUAGGUGAAUUGCUGUAAAUGUGUUUGCUAUUUGGAGUAUUUGUGUGUCACCAGAACAUUUUGUUUCCAGGCAGAUUCUUUGUAUCUUAUAGCUUCGUUUUGGUUAACACUAAUUUAUCAAUAUAUUACAAAAUUAUACCAGCCA